ACCAGCGGCUGAGUUGGGACAAAGGGCAGGCGCAAGGGUUUAAAAGGAGGCCUGGACUUGAUGCUUCAGGGGCUUGGGUUCAGGGGUUAGAGCACCGAAUAUAUGGAAGACCCCCAGGCUGACUCCCCAGUCUCAUUCCUUCCCCAUUUGGAGGCCAAGAUCCGCCAGACACACAACCUUGCACGCCUCCUGACCAAAUAUGCAGAGCAGCUGCUGGAGGAAUAUGUGCAGCAGCAGGGAGAUCCCUUUGGGCUGCCGGGCUUCUCACCACCGCGACUGUCACUAGCCGGCCUGAGUGGCCCGUCCCCGAGCCACAUGGGGCUACCGCUGUCCGAGCGUUUGCGCCAGGACGCGGCCGCAUUGGACGCGCUCCCCGGGCUGCUGGAUGCUGUGCGCCGCCGCCAAGCGGAGCUGAACCCGAGCUCCCCGCGCCUGCUGCGGAACCUGGAGGACGCGGCCCGCCAGGCUCGGGCCCUGGGAGUCGCGGUGGAGACGGUGCUGGCCGCUCUGGGCUCGGCAGCCCGCGGGCCCGGCCCGGAGCCCGCCGCCACCACCGCCCUUUCCACCGCCAACAACGCCGCGGGCAUCUUCUCAGCCAAGGUGCUGGGGCUCCAUGUGUGCGGCCUCUACGGCGAGUGGGUGAACCGCACAGAGGGCGACCUGAGCCAGCUGGUGCCUGGGGACGUCGCCUGAGAGUCGGUACUCAGUACUGGCUCUUGCAAGCUCACUCUACUCUGUCCCACCUCUUUGGCUUCCAAUCCUGUCUCUCCAUCUGUGUCAGUGUGUUCUUGGACUGUCCCGUCUUCCUGCAGUGUGGUCACAUUCUCUUCGGAUCUUGUCUCCCCAGGGAGCUUCACUUGACUAGAGUUUCUCGUUUUUUCUCUUUCUCUCCUGUCUUUAAUUCUUUUGUCUCCGGUAGGUUUCUGCGUCUUGUUCCUUGUCUCUUAUUCUUUGUUUGUCUGCGAGACAGGGUCUCACUCGGUAGCCCUGGGUGGCCUGGAGUUUGCUGUGUAGGAAAGGCUGGCCUAGAACUCACAGAGAUCCACCUGCCUCUGACUCCCAGUUUCCCCAUCUGUCUCCUCAUGGUCCAUAUGAGUGUGGAGGUGACACUUUCUCUUCCUUCAGUCCCUUUGUCCCUUCCUGACCAGAGAAGUGCCUGCUGGUCCUCUGGUAGCCAUCGUCAGGACCAUCUCCCUGGUGUACUCUCUCCUGCCCGAUCCUUUGGUGCCCAAUCCUUCCCCCUUCAAUGUCCUUCCUUUCUUACCUCCCUACCCUGUUCCCAGCGGCCCCCAGCUCUAGUCUGGAGAGGGAAAGGCAGAAAAACAUCUUAAGAGAGUUUUAUUUGAGAAUAAAUUAAUUUUGUAAAUAAAUGUUUAACAACAAA